AAAUCCCACCCACCCGCAAAAACACGCCAUCCAUCGUCAAACUCAAACCCUAUCUCUCUUCCUCUUUAAAUCCCAUUCAAUCUCAUUCUAUCUGUUUAUUUUUCUCUCUCUUCGUUCUCAUCCCGAAACCCUAGAAUAACCCCCAAAUUCUCAUGAAAUCCAAACCCCAAAAUCUCGUUGGGGUUUCAGUCUCAGAGGACACAUACGUCCUUUGAUGAAUUGUUCGCCAACCAUCCUCAAACCCUAGCCUCGUCUUUUGCCCUUUGCUUUCGAUUGCGUAUUCGUACGUAUAUUGGGACAGAGAGAAGGAGGGAGGAGGGAUCGUCUGGCUAUGGAGGGCUCUGUGGUGGAGGAUCUCGGAGCCCCAGAGUCAUGGGAGGUCGCCGGUUUGGACGAGGCCAUGAACCGCCUUAUGCUUUCCUCCAACAAAGACUCCAAGCCCCAAGACCUCAACGAUGUCUCGCCUUUGGUUUCCUCGGCUUCUGAUGCUUCUGAUAAGUUUUCCGAGGAUGCCCUCAAUCAAGUCGACCAAUUCCUUCGCGAGGCCUUGCAAAACCCUAGGGAGCGCCUGUCAAUUUUACGGAUGGAGCAAGAUGUUGAGAAGUUUAUCCGUGAUCCUAUUCAGCAGCAGCUAGAGUUUCAGCAGUUGCCCACUUCUUAUUUACGCUUGGCUGCACACCGUGUGGCUCAGCAUUAUUCACUUCAGUCAAUGGUUUUAUUAGAUAAUAAUUUACCUGAUGGCUCUGGUUCCAGAAUUAUUGUCCGUAAAACUUCUGAGUGUCGACUCCCUCAGAUUCGCCUUGCAGACAUACCUGUUAGUUUACCAUCAGAAGACGGUGGUGUUACUAAGGUUGCAAUAAAACAGAGGCCACAGAAACGGUCACAGACUGCCAACAAUGCAAAUUCAAAUUCGGCAAAAGCAAACAGUUCCAAAACUGUUGAAGAACGGAAAGAAGAGUAUAACAGGGCUCGCGCACGAAUAUUUAAUUCGAGUAUUAAUAUGAGUGGCAGUUCAAGUGGGAAAUCAGAAAGUGAACCAAGACUGCAGGAUACUCCACAACACGUUCCCUUGGUGAUGCCAAAGGUGGAAGAUAAGUCAAGUGUUUCUGAUUUACAUUCUGGUAGGGGUUUAAUUGAGUCCUCAACAAGUAGCAGUAGAACAGCUAGAAGUAGGCCAGAGAAGGAGCCAGUUGGGCGGUACAAACCAAAUAAUAGGGUAGCUAUAUUUAGGGAUCGUGAGAUUGAUCGGAAGGACCCUGAUUAUGACCGGAGCUAUGACAGGUACAUGCAAAGAUUCGAUCCUGGGUUUGGAUUCACUGGUGGACCGUAUACCAUCCAGCCUAUGUAUACACCUGCAUUGAACUACAACACCGAAUUUCCUCAACUUGGUGCUGCUCAUAGGCCUCAGAUUUCUACUGAACAUCAGCCUCGUCCUCUUCCACAACACCUACCUGGGCCUUGGGUUGCACCAUCAGUCCCUGCAGGAAUUGGUUAUGGUCAUCCAGAGACUAUAAUCACACCAUUUAAUGCGAAUCAUGUUGGUGCGCGAUCUACAUCUGGCAUAUAUCUGCAUUCAUCCCAGUAUCCUUGUCAGCGCCCUGGAAUGCCCUUUCUCCAUCCUCAUGAACAUAUGCACCAACCUUUUUCACAGUCUCAUCAACAGCAACCUGAUGCAAGUUUUGGGUUAGCCCGGCCCCGGUGAGGGGCAGGGGCCAUGCCUGCACCCUGCCUGCUCAGAGUUGAGCAUAAAGUGUGAUGGGCUGUGAGAGCCGCACAUAUUUCAGUUGGCAGGAGUGCAGGCAUAGAGAACCAAGGUGGGCUUGAGUGGAUGGAUCAAUUCUAUGGACACCUGCAUCAUCCAUUCCCCCCUUCCUUGGUUGCAAUGGAAGCUUCUCCCAUCCAUGAUGAAUGAUGAAGAAGCUCCACGUUUCUGGAAAUAUAUCUAAAUCAGCUCUUUUGAGAGCUUUGUUUACCCCAUAUGAUGACGAAGACGAUGAUCUAGAAGAAUUUUAACAGAGCUGGGAAAGUAUGUGCUCUGCUUGGAUGAAGGCUUUGGUAGUUUGUUUAGAGAGUAAGCAGCACAAUGAAGAGCCAGAGGGAGUGCGAAUAGGAAGAUAAAGCUAUUUGUAUGCCUCUGGGAGCUUUGGUCUACAUCCAGGUUGUUCUGACAAAAGAUCUUAUAGUUUACUUUUAAAGCUUUACUAAAACAAUCUGCAGAAAAAAAUAAAAAAAAAAGUCAUUCUGCAUCAUGUAUCAUAUAACACUUUGGUCUGCAUUUAUUUAUUUUUAUGACCACCUUUGUUUUAUUUGAAUGUGAUAAUUAUCUGUUGUAGCAAUUCUAAAACCCUCGCCAGGUCUGUGGGUCGUUAAA